AUGACAAGAGACUCGCCUCUUUGGGUCGUCGGUUAUGGCUCGCUCCUGUGGAAGCCACCGCUCCACGAGCUGGACAUUUCGCGCGAGUUUGUCAGGUUCCCCGGCUACAUCCAGGGCUAUGCCAGACGGUUCUGGCAGAGCAGUUACGACAACCGAGGCACUCCCGAACAGAAAGGCCGUGUCGUGACUAUUAUCCCGAGCGACCAGAUCGUUGGCACGCCGGCGUUCAAGCCGGAUGUUCUUAGGUACGAGCUGGCGGGCAACGCAGACGCGCAGGAGAUCAUCAACGACAGCGCUCGGCUCUAUUCCGAGCUCCGAGUCUGGGGAUGCAUCUACUAUAUUCCGCCGCAAUAUGCCGCCAUGGCAACAAAGUAUCUCGAUUUCAGAGAGAAAGACGGCUACACGAUCCACAAGAUCCACUUCAACGUGACAGACCCCUGCGGCCACGAAGACGUCUUGCAGGGCCUGCCGUGUGAAAACGGCCGGUACAUCGUCGAGUCGAUGAUCUACAUCGGAACGGCUGAUAACGAGUCGUUUGUGGGGCCCGAGGACGUCGAGGAGACCGCGAGGGUGAUUCGCAAGUCUGCCGGCGAAUCUGGGCCCAACGACGAGUACCUGCUUCUGCUGCACCACGAAGUCGAAAAAAUGGGCGGCGACCCGUAUCUGGAAGACCUGGUAACUCCAGCCCCAGAUAUUUUCGCUGCUCUGCGCCAUAGCCUGGUUGCAAAGCAUGUACUACCCACCUUACAACACGCCGCUCAAACGGGUUUUAUUCUACUGCUUUUGCUAUGUCUCGACGUCGCUAGCAAUGCAACUGGGAUUUGGAAUUCCUCUAAAGAAACUGUACAAAGAGGGUGUUACAUGGCCGACCACGACAUUUGGAAUCAUCGCCGCCGUGUUCCUGGCCGUUGGACUUCUGCCCCCCUACUACGAGCUGCUCAAGAGAAACGGCCGCGUCGUCGGAAUUAA